GGUGGGCAGAAGGACCGGUUUCCGUGCAGUGACUCUAAACUCUAAACUAAAUGUUUCCUCACCGUUUAUCAUUUAGUUCUGACGAAUGGAACAGACAAUUCCUAAAAUCAAAUAUCUCUGGAGAAGAUUUAAGAUCUUCUGUGAGCAACUCCCACGGCCCUUCAGGCGUAAGUAUCACCCCAAGAAGAGCGCACCACGGAACCACGCACCCGUCUCCUCCCUCUACCUCUUGGACUAUGAUCGUAGGAUUGCCGAGCUGGGCCUGGAACACGAGCCGCUCGCCUUCCAGAUCUUGGGUCAACAGUUGAUCUUCAGGAAGGGGAGAUGGGGUCCCGCCUCGUGCCAGGGCAAUAUCCGGUCCAGCCCGCACGAGCAUCUGAGGAACGUCCGUGAGAAGUACAAGGUUCUGCAAGACCAGAACAACAUGCUGCAACUCAAAUUGGAUCUGGCCAUGGACAUGUUGACCGAGACAACGGCCAACCUCAUGAUGCUGGACGACACGGAGCAGAACGAGGGGGAGCAGGCGGACGAAGAGAAGAAGGAAGAGGAAGCACCAAAGGUGCAGAUAAAGGACGACGACGAGGAGUUAGUGGAGGUAGAGAAGUUCAAGGCAAUUUCGAAGAAGAUUCCAAAGCAAUCAUUCCAAUAUUUGUUAGACUUGGACCGCUAUGACCCAGAGGAAGAUGAGUUGUUGACUCCUGCCCAACGCAAACUCAAGUAUCUGCUGCCGUUGAUUUCAGAUGAUGACAAUGAUCUUCCCGCAGAGCCCGGCCCAAUGGUGGUCAACAGGAAGCGUCCAGACAACACCAAGCCCCAGGUCUGUCAGAUGAGGCGGGCGGGGCAGGCCCGGGCCAGGAUGAGAGCGAGUCUCUACAACCUGCCGCCGCCGCCCAAGGCCAAGGCUUCCCCCAAGGUCUGCAAACUCGAGCUGGUGCCUGUGCCAAGGCCCAGGAAGACCAAGAAACGCCGGAAGAAGCCCAAACCCAAAAUGUUGGAUUUGGGUGGGACGUGUAAAAUGAAAUGAUGAUCUCAGACCUGAGCCUCCUCCUGGAGAAACCCGACGUUAAGAUUUGUCCUUUAACAGUUUGAUGACAUGCUGGUGAGGCAAUAAAAACCUAAAGCCACAUCGGCGAGACCAAGCGUAGA